AUGUCAUUCCAAAAUCCUUCAUGUUUGAACACUUACAUAAAUCCCGAGUUGUUUAAAGAAGACUUCAAUGAUGAGGAGUUUAUGGAGAUCAUGUCGGAUUGUGUUGAGUUGCUUGAGGAAGGUGAAACAUCCGAGCGACCACGUAUACCACACACCGUCAAAAGAAGAGAUCGUGAAAGCGCCAAUGAGCAACUAAUGGCGGAUGAUUUUGUUGAAGAUGCAAAGUACCUGCUUUGGUAUUUUAGGCGCCGGUUUCGAAUGACGAGACCGUUGUUCAUGCGCAUAGUUAGUGAUAUAAUGUUGUAUCCGUAUCGACAUCCAAGUCAUGUGCUCGAGCAUUUUAGAAGAAUGCAAGACAAGCUUGUUGAUGGGGGACAACGGCUAUACAAAGAGGAUUACUUCCGCAGACUAACACCAGAGGAUAUAGAUCCAUUGUAUGAUAAACAUGGAGAGCUUCAUGGUUUCUCGGGGAUGCUUGGGAGCAUCGAUUGUAUGCAUUGGCCUUGGGAAAUCAUUGAGGAUCAUGCUCCAGAUUCUUCGUUUACGGUUAACGGAACACACUACAGAAAAGGGUACUACCUCGCAGACGGUAUCUACCCGGAGUGGUCAGUGUUUGUUAAGUCGUACUCAUGCCCGCAAGAUGACAAGAAGAAAAAGUUCAAACAAUAUCAAGAAAGUGUGAGAAAGGAUGUCGAGCGUGCAUUUGGAUCUCUUCAAAAUCAAUGGCAUAUUCUAACCUAA